AUGGGCAAGAAGAAACUGUCUCUUAAGCCCGUGCAGCGAGGCUUCGCCACCACAUCACUCCCGACCAAGAAGGCCAAGGAGGAGGCAGCUGCCGCAAAGGCAGAAAAGGAGGCAGCUGUCCAAGAACAAGAAGCAUCCAAAACUGCUGCGGAUGAGUCCAAUGCGUCACCCAUUGCGGUAGUGUCAUCCAGUAACGCCAACGACGCCGCACCAGCGCCCGCUGGGGCCAAAGACGCCUGGGACGAUGAUCAUGCGAUUGAGACGGCCGUCUACCAGGCUUUGGUGGACCGUCUGCAGGAAAAGGGAGAGAAGGAGGUUACAAGAGUUAUCAAGCUUGUCGAGUACGAGAAGCGAUUCGCUACCACUUUCCCCCGACUGGAAAUCAACCCGAAGGUCCGAGAUGAAGCACUUCUGUACGCCGUGCAGGACUAUGAAGACGCCGAGGGAACCGCAGUAAAGGGCCUGGAGCCGUCCUCUUCCGUCGUUGAGGAGGACAAGACGCUUCUGCGACUCUUCAUCACUCGCCAAGUUUUGCUCCGCAUUGGUUUCACCGAGGCGCGUGUCACGCAGUGCAUCCUGGAAGGCCUUGAGGAGGGCGACGGUUGGUCUGAGGGAGUGGAAUGGGUCGGCGAGUUUGCCAACAAGUCGGAAGAAUUGUCCGAAACGGACUCAACGCUGGUAGAUGUUGCGCAUGUCGAUGUGGUGGAAUCGGCAGCGGAAACCCCGGCCCCACAGACUCCUGCCGAACUAGAUGUGAAACCCGCGAAUGCGGCGCCUGUGGGUUCGCUGUUCCAGUCAUUGGGCGACGAAAGCUCGGACAGCGAGUCUGACUCGGACGCGGACCCCGAUCACAACAAGGACAACGAGACGUGGGCCAACCUCAUGCUUGAGCUCGACACGUUGAAGGUGGCUGCUGGUACAGUCAAGGGCAAGAAGAAGGGCAAGGCCAACCAGGUGGUUAUGGAGACUCCUGAAAUGGUCAAGAUUAAAGCCAAGAUAGCCAAGGUGGAGAAGGAAUACAUGUUCAGCCGGAAAGAUGCCGGUGAGUCCCCAUAG